AUGCCUGUGAUACCCGAGCAGAUCAAAUAUGUGUUACCACCGAUAUCCGUCAAGGUUUUUGCGCUGUGUGUGGCUUGGUACUCGGUCUCGUCUCUGACGUCGCAGUCUACCAAGCGAAUACUGACUGAUUUCAACUACCCCGUUUUUGUGGGUGAAUGCCAGUUUCUGACCAACGCUUGUUUGUGUGCAAUAGCGACCGUGGUUUUCACCCGCAAGCCUCAAUUGGCUGCCCAUUUCCCCAAAGGUUCUGUUCCAGGAGCCCGGACGCAACUGCGUGUUUCCAAGACGGUCUUCAUCACGACCUUGCCUAUGGGCUUCUUCCAGUUCUUUGGGAAGAUGUUCUCGCUGGCUGCCACCUCGCUGGUGCCGAUAGCUACGGUCUCGAGUAUCCGAGCACUCUCGCCGUUGCUGGUUGUGGCGGAGUAUCGAGUUUACUACGGAGUUCAUUUUCCGCUGGUGACAUAUCUUUCGCUGAUACCGUUGGUGAUGGGGGUGGUGUUCAUCGUGAUAUCCGAAACCACACACACGCCCUUGGUAGUUGGAUCCGCAAAGCAGCUCAAGGGAGUUGUUUAUGCCAGCGUGAGUACAUUUAUAUUUGCUACACAGGGAAUUUACGCGAAAAACGUGGUCACCUACCAGACCCCGGUUUCGUCUACCACUAUCAACGGACCCGCUUCUUUGGCCCUGUCCCAGGAGAAAGACUCUACGAUACCGAUUUCGACCAAGCGAACAGAAGAGAAGGAGCUCGAGGCUCAAUAUAACUACCAGCAGCACAAUCGCAGAAGAUCCCACACCCAUAUCACUCUCCCCAACGACCCCGAGAAGGCUGACAAGAUUACCGUCACAAUGUACUGUGCAACUUUUGGGUUCCUCUUGACCCUACCCAUUUUUGUGCUAUACGAGCUGCCGACCUUCUUUGAGCAGAAGCUUCUCGAAGAUGGGACGCCAGUGGUGUUGCGUAUUCCAUGGGCAAGCCUGUUUCUCAACGGAGUAUCGCAUUUCUCGCAGGCUCUGCUAGCGUUCAACCUAUUGGGAACAGUCCCAACGGUCACAUAUUCGAUCGCAAGUAUGAUGAAGAGAAUCUUCGUGAUUGCCAUGAGUAUAUUAUUUGCUGGUCAAAGAUUGUCAUUCUUGGAGCUGCUCGGUCUGAUGUGCACACUGGUUGGUCUAUACUGCUACGACAGAUGGGGGAGUCAUUCCUGA